AUGGAGGAUCCCCAGGCCCAACCUCCGCCCGCACCGCCGCUCCCUAAUACCGCCACUCCCCCCACUUCUCCUCUCACCUCACCCCCAACCACACCCACCCACAACGAAGACAUCGAGCCCCAGUUCUCCUCACCGCCCCAUGAAGAACUCGUCCACCAGACUGCCCAAAUUCUCUGCACUCUCUCCGCCGCUCCCCGCGUGCACCCUAAUCUCAGCCCCAACUCGAGCGCUCUCGAAGAGGACGCAAUGACAUUCCUCAGCUCCGCGCUCCAAUACACCAUCCACCCCGUCACUCCCUUGCCCUCGCCCUCGCAAGCUAUCUACCUACCUGCGGGAGGUAAGCUGAUGCAGUACGAGGCCGCAGACCCGAAAAAGAUGUAUCCGGACAUCAGUGUGAGCGAGGAGGAGUGGACGGCGCUGGUGAGCACAGAGUAUGUGCCGAGUCCUAUCGUGGAGGAGUUUUUGCGCGGGGUGAUGCCGAUCGAUGGGACGGUCGAGGAUCAGCAGGGGUGGUAUGAGUUUCUGUGUGCCGACGGAGGAAGUGGCGGGGAGGAGUGGUCGAGGUUUUUGAGCGGGGAUGUUGAGGUGGACGGUAGUGGGGAGGUGUGGUAG